AAGUUGACAAUUUACUGUGACGUUGUACUCUCGAGAUUUAACUUGCUGAUCCCCAUCAAAUCACUCUAUUUUGACAUGACGGGUGGCAAGUGUCACUUGGGUGUCAAUCCAAUUUCGGAUAUUUCCGGUGUUUUGCUGAUUCAGUUUAAUAACCCUUUUCUUUCUGAGUUUGUCGGAAGUUCAACAUUGGGUACUAUUUACAUACUACCACUACUAAUGAUCAUAUGUAAAUAUAGGCGAAAUUGUUCUCGUCACGCGUGCAUAAACACAGAUAUCUUUGUGUUAUCAGUAUGUACAUAUAACGGACCAAUAUGAUAAGAUAAUUCUGAAUCAUCACUGACGUCUGUCAUACCGAGAGCAGGUGUAAAUAGGAACUGCAUAAUAUACAAUUAUCCAGGAAAUAUUAUUUUCUUACACUUUUCCGCACAAGAAAUUUAGAGAUUUUACUUUGCUAAUAUUUUGGCGGGUAGGAGUUCCAUCACCGCAAAUUAAAUAAAUGCAAUCGUGCUCGCUCGUACCGUGGACCUGAUUUUGAGAAAUAUUCGACCGUCAGACCGAUUGCGAUUACAAUUCCAUCAAAUAAUGAAAACACAUCUCGUAAAGAAAUUCGUUUUACUUUUUGCAAUAAUUUCUAUACUUUAUAUAGUUCUGAUAGAAUUGAAACUAGGUCCAGUUGUUCGAAUUACUAGUUUCUCCUAUUUUAACAAUGUUUCUCCAAUUAUUACAAAAUCGGAUCUGGUUGACCUGGAUAGAACAGCAGAGCCACCCGAGAUUUUCAAGAGAGAUGACCUCUGGAGAUUAUCAAAUAACAGCUACAGGGGGGAUGAUCCUGACAGAUGGAUAUUCCAACGACAAUGGGCAAUUAACGUUUCUCGGUCUGAAUAUAUGAAAUCAAUCAAGAAAAAGAAGCGAAUUUUGGUCGACGGACUUUUUAACUUGGAUGAUGAAGAACGGUUGCUUCCUUGCGAUGAGGAUGGCGUUAAUUUUUCCCAAUUUUGCCAACUUGUCGAAGAUAACCCUCUGUCGUCCUAUGUAAACUUUGACGAGUUUGAUGCUGUUCUAAGCAGAAGGGAUUGGACUUACCAGUUUUACGAAGGAAAAAUUCCUCCACGUCUACUUUCCUUCUUUCACAUUCAAGAAUCUCCAUACACCCUUCAUCAGGGUGAUUUUCGCCCUAACAAUCCAAUAUUGGCAUCCUACUGGAGAGGAUCUGAUAUAGAAGCGCCAUACUACAAGUGGAUUCCUUCCACUAAUAAUCCCUCCACCCCAGAGAAGAAUUAUGCUCAAGAUAAGUACAAAUUCGCAGCAAUCGUGGUCUCUCACUGUCCCACGUAUAACGACCGACUUCGCUACGUUUACCAAUUGCAGAACUAUAUCCCAGUCGAUAUUUACGGAAGAUGUGGACCAUUAAAGUGCGGACAAACAUGCUUCGAAAAUAUUAGCAGAGAUUACAAGUUUUAUCUCGCAUUUGAAAACGCCAACUGUAGAGACUACAUUACAGAAAAGUUAUUUCUUAAUGCUCUCGGGAACGAUAUUAUUCCAAUUGUGUUGGGGGCUCAUCGUGACGAUUAUAAAUAUGCAGCACCACCAAAUUCCUACAUCCAUGUAGAAGACUUUCCCUCGGUGAAAGAGCUUGCCGACUAUCUCACCCUCCUCGACCAAAAUGACGAUCUUUACAACUCUUACUUCAAAUGGAAAGGGACUGGGCAUAUCGUAAAGGGACAUCACGACCUCUUCUGCCGGGUUUGCGCUUUUCUUCACUAUGCCGACUUUCACCCACCACCCCCACUGCAAGAUCACUGGCCGAAAAAUCCAUACAAUUGGUUGCAAGUGAAUCCCUGCUUAAAACCGGGGGAACAUUUCUGGGAGUAGAAGACUGGAAGCAGAAGACUAAUUUAAUUUGUAAACUCGGUCAAACAAAGGAAAUAAAUAGUCAAACAGCCAAAACGGCACCUA